AUGGAUUCCGGCAAGUUCCGGGAAGGUGUCGAUGUUGGCUGGCCGAAGAAGCAGCGGCUGAACUAUGCCGGUGAUUACAGCGGCAGCAGCGGCGGUUCCCACGACCUCCCCGAGGAUGUUCCAGAAGAGCCUAUACCAAACCUAACACCUCCAUCCUUCGCUCGCCGCACUCGCCCGAUUGGUCAGAGGAGGGCGCAACGGGCAGCCAGGGGAGUCGCCCAGGGUCCAGGAGGUCUAGUCGGCAUCCCCCCCAUUGGCAAGUCAGCAGCCGAGCUCGCCUUCUACGCGCGUCAACAAACGGUUAAACAGAUGCACAAGAUCUUCUACGAAUGGAAGGAGGCAACUGACCCCGAGGAGAAGAAGUUUCUUCACUCAAUGCUCGAGAGUAUGUGGGUCGAUUUGGAUACCUUCGCGGCACAGUUGGGGGGAUCAGGUGCGGGCUCAGAUGCCGGGGGUGCUGCCGGUGGCAGCGGGGAUGGCGGUGAGGACGGCGGUGACGGCGACGAGGAGCAGAGUGGGGCGGUGGCUCGUGAAUUCAGACAGGACGAAUGUAUCCGCGUACUGGCUGAAUGCACCCAUAUAUUUCACAUGGCGUGCAUUAAUAAAUGGCUCGAGCACCAUGCAAAUUGCCCGUUGUGUCGAGCCAUUGCAGUUCAUCCGCCGUUUCCUAGUGCAAGUUUGCCGCCGGUGAUUGAUAGCUUGUAG